ACCCAUAUUUUGGAGUGUUUUAUGCCUUGAUUUACUUACAUGCAUUUACUAGGGUGAUUGUACGUGAUAUGUGCCAUACAUAUGCAUAUACGUACGCAAGGUGAAAGGUAAUUUCAAUCCCCACUCCCCAUCCUUCCUACUCAACGCUCUCAAGUCUUCAGAUACAUAACAAUCUUUUGACCCAACCUGUCCUUAACAGGAUAAAACGAAAUAAAUGUUUCGAAUAUGUAGAAUAAACGCAAGAACAAUUCGAAAGUCGUUUAGAUAUACCUUGAUGAGUGUAUUGUAUUAUUAAAUAUUGAAAAUCAUAUUACACACAGUAUGGAUGACACAAGCAUUAAAAACAUAUCCACAAAGUCACAAUGUAAAUAUAAUGAGGAAAUUUGUACCACAGAGGGUACAGUAGAUGAUAAUGAACAUGACUGGUGGGCAAGUGAUAGUGGAUCCUGUACUGGAUCAUAUUAUUCAGACACAGAUAGUUCUGCUGCAGAAUGGGAAUCAGAAAUCAAUUCUACUGGAGAAUUAUUUUACAUAGAAUCUGCUGCAGAAAGUAUAGCUGAUGGUCAAUCUUUGUACAAUGAAUCGGAACAUGAUUCUCAAUCGGAGCUGACAAGACGUCGUAGUACAAGAGCUGGAAAACUUAUGAGACUCAUAAGGCGUAAAGAAAGCAAAAGAUGGAGUACAAGAAAUAAGAAAAAUUAUUCUAGUGCUACAUCCAAUAACGUAAUGAGUCCUGGAAAAGAAGGAAGCACAACGAAGGAAGUUACAUUCAGGGAUUUUCAAGCUGGAGAAAUUCGAGAAGUAGCACUAUGGGUUGAUCCGGAUAGAAGACAUAAAUUAGGACGACGUGCAACAUUAUGCGAGGCAUAUUUUGGAAUUACUCCGGGUGUAUUCUCGGACAAAACAAGAGUAAUGGUGGCUGGAUUUAUACCAGAUGGAGAAGCAAUGAAAAAUAAGAAUAUUAAAAUUGGCGACUGGUUGAGAAGCGUAAAUUCGACUAAUGUCACAUAUCAAAAUUUGGAUCACGUAUUAUCUGAAGUAACUGUUGCCACAAAUGUAACAUUAGAAUUGCAAAGAGUUGCAGGCAUCGAUGUAACAGAAAAAUUGCCCGAAUCGAACAGUCCUAAGCAAUCCCUAUUGGUACAAAGACUAAUGAACAGAGAAGAAAGUAAAGACUUGAUGCAAUCUAUAAUAAACUAUCCGCUCGGUGUCUUGUAUCUACAAACCACAGAAAUUUCUGAAAUGGGACCAGAAUUGCAUGGUGUUCUUUAUACAUUUCCCCGUUCAGAUAAUAAAAAUGCUCAAUCUAUUUUAUGCACAACGAGAGGAGCUUUUAUAACUCUUAAUCACUUGUUACCAGGGAUAACAGGAUUACAGCCUACCAGUACUACUAUACAGGUAGCGAAAGAAGAAGUUCACGUUGUAUACGUGCCCCGAAACGAAGAAUUACUUUUAAUGGCACUACCAAAAAAAUGUUGCAGUCUUGAGGAAGCUGUAAAUUUAUCGCUGGAUAUAGUCAGAACCUUAGAAUUCGUACAUCAAUCGUUAACGAAAUGUUUUACGCCCGUUGAAAAUCAUUCCUCUUUAGAUCAUUUUUUUACCUUGUUCCUCGAACAAUUAUUAGAUUUAAAAAAUUACGCAAAUAACGUAGGGUUGCCCGACUGUACUAUGAAAAUUCAUAGUAAUAUCGAAAAUAUGGAAAGUUACAAAUUUAGGAGCACUUUCUCGGUAGCAAAUUCUAUAGAGUUAUCAAGAGAUGCACAAAUUCAAAUUGAUGCUGCUUUAAGUGAAAUGGAAGCUAUGGAUUAUAGGGAUUGGAACGAAGAUCCUAUGGACUGCCAAAGGCUAUACACGAUUUUAGGCAGUUGUAUAUAUCAUAGAGAAUACCUUCUUGGUUCUCACUUAAUGCACAGCGAUUUGAUCGAGGUUGACUCUUACCUUCGGCACAACUGUCUCUUAAACUUAGUGACAAACGAACCUGUAAAUAAUCUUGUUAUUUGGAAAAAAGUUUAUCCUUCGUCGUGUAAUUGUGGAAGUUUGGAUAACGGUAGAAGUAUCCAACCACUUGUUCCUAAUGGAAAGUGGUUUUUGCUCGUUGUCGGAUAUGGAUACGACUUAUUAGCAGUUCUCUUGGAAUCUGGUGGAUGUACAGCCAAAUGUACCGAAACCAACGGCCCGGAUGUAUUUUAUGUGGAGGAAGCGCAAGAAACUUUAAAACAUAUACAAAAGAUAGGAGUGACAACAUUGGCAGCCAAAUGGAUUGCAUCUAACACGAGACCCGAAGUAAUACCCAACGAGGACCAUGUAUCUACAAAACCAUCAUCGAGCAUCACAGAAAACUUUUUAGGUCUUAUAAAGUCAACGGAUGUACAAAGUUCACCUGCAAAAUCGCCCCUCGCUUUAACUACUAAUAAAAAAGCCCAAGAGAUACCGUCUAUUUUGAAAAAACGCAGCACGGAGGAAAGUCCAAUGGUGUUGGGAUCUGUAUAUUCUUUGCACACUUCGGAAGAUUCGUUGAGUCAAGGAACAGGUGGUGUCAGUGAAAUUAGCGACGAAGCUGUGCCUAUAUUAGGAAGACGAGCAACAAGGGAAAAAAUUUCGGGCGGAUCGAAGUAUUCUGAUGACAGUGAUUCCGAUAUUGAUAUGUACAAGAACGACUGUCGGAUGUUAAGUAUGGAUGUAUCUAAUAUACGAGAAAAUCUACUAAAUCAGGCCGAAUACUUGACACCAAAAAUAUUGACAACAGGUGAUAAGAAUUAUCUUUAUCACUACAUGCAUUUGGAUAUGGCUGAGGGUAUCCUGUUGUCAUCGAAGCCAUUAGAAAGUUCGGAAAAGAAUCAUAAAGUUAUAGUUAACUUUAAUAGAUGUGUUCAUAUCAUACAUCGACUCCUGCAUAACACAGUGAGAUUUAAGAAAAUGUUGAAUUCAGAUAUGGAUAAAACUGUGAUUAAUAAGAGUUUAAUCGCCGUUAAAGAACAUGGCGUAUUAUUUGAAUGGGAUAAUACUACUUACUGGGUUGUCGGGCGACUAUAUACAACUCCUCAUCCAAAGGAAUUAUAUGUGUGCUAUCAAGAUUCUGCACCACAAAAUUUAAUCGAAAUAGCAUUCAAAUUACAUUCGUUGCAUACAUUAUGUUAAAAUUUGUUAUUUUCUUCACGAAAUUAUAUUGAUAAAUCUUACUCAUAAAAAAUACUCAAUUUACACUUUUCUAAAUAUACUUUUAUUUUUUAUAUGUACAAUAUAAUACACACAAUCUAAUUACACAAAUACUUAUGCCAUUGGAUUAUUUGAUGUUAUAUAAAAAUUGUAUAAUUCUAAUUUUGAAUAAACUUUCACACAAAGUUCUAA